CCCACUCGUAUUGUAUGAAGAAAAGACAUCUCUCCGCGUCGAUGGACGAUUUGGCCAUGGAUACCUAUUGUUCGGAUUGGAUUGGAAAUUUGGGAACCUUUCAAGAUUGCUCGAGUUUACGUACUCGGCAAUUCGGCUGGUGCGCAUCUCCUUGGGCGUGGUAUAUUUGGACACUGAGCAAGCCUCACGCAUAAAAACCACUACUCGUUCCUCUGCAUCUUGUUUGGGCGAAUUUGCGCACUGUCCUAGAGUAUCACCUGGAAUUUCUAUCAAAGAAUUCAUCCUCGAGUGAGAAAGGCAUUAUGGGUGUUGAUUCGAAAAGAGGCUUCCUCACCAUUGAGGCAAAGCCAUAUCCAUUUACAUUUCCAUUGGCCACCACUGCAUUGCUUGUCAUUGACAUGCAACGCGACUUCAUCUUGGCCGGUGGAUUUGGGGAGAUUCAAGGAGGGAAUUUGGAGGCAGUUCAAGCAUCGAUUGCGCCAACAAAAGAAUUACUACAGGCGUCACGCGAUGCCGGCCUGGCUAUCUUUCACACACGAGAGGGUCAGGUGCCUUCUCUGGCUGACUGUCCGUCGUCGAAAUUAGUCCGACAGGCAGCUGCUCCUGGUAACAGCCAGCAUCUCAAAGUCAUUGGCGACAAGGGCGAGAUGGGCCGGCUACUGGUCCGUGGGGAAUACGGACAUGACAUUGUGGACGAACUGCAACCUCGGACGGCAGAAGUGGUUAUCGAUAAGCCAGGAAAAGGCUCCUUCUGGAACACGGACAUUCUGCACAAGUUGAAGGCUCGAGGAAUUACCCAUCUUCUGGUCUCAGGUGUCACGACCGAGUGUUGUUUCGCAACCACCAUCAGGGAGGCCAACGAUCGUGGAUUCGAGUGCUGCGGCAUCACCCAGAGUACCGCUGGGUACAAUGCCGAGUUCAAAACCGCUUCGUUGGAUAUGAUUCAUUGGUCACAGGGCUUGUUCGGGUUUGUGGCUGAUCUCCAACCCGUAUUGGAAGCAUUUUCGCCCUGGAAGAAAACUUAUGGAGGCGAGGGUACACCACCUCAGACGCCGCCGACUUGGGAUGGCAAUCUCGGAAUUUCUGAUCUGCAAGCUUCCUACAGCUCAGGAGUGUCACCUCUGGAAGUGAUAAACGCGGUAUUUGAUCGAAUCGAAAAGUAUGACGCAGUGGAUCCGGCAGUCUGGAUCAAAAGAGAGUCUAGAACCGCGGUCAUGGAAGCAGUGAGACAAUUACUGGCACGUUUCCCAGACAGAAACUCGUUGCCUCCUCUGUUUGGAGUGCCAUUUACAGUCAAAGACUCGAUUGAUGUCAAGGGAAUCCAAACAACAACGGCCUGUCCUCCACUGGCGUUUGUUGCCACAAAAUCGGCAGUCGUGUACGACAAGGUCAUUGCUCAGGGUGCAAUCUAUCUCGGAAAGGUCAACCUUGACCAACUGGCGACCGGGUUGAAUGGCUGUCGUUCACCAUAUGGCGUCACACAUUCUGUUUUCAGCGACAAGCAUAUCUCUGGUGGAAGCAGCAGUGGAAGCUGUGUGAGUGUCGGCGCAGACUUGGCGACAUUCUCUGUGGCAACUGACACGGCAGGAUCUGGGCGUGUGCCGGCUGGAUUCAAUGGUAUUGUUGGGUACAAGCCUACCCGUGGACUGGUUUCAUUUGAAGGCGUUACACCAGCAUGUCUAUCCCUUGAUUGCAUAGCGUUUUCGGCAAGAACAGUUCAAGAUGCGAGGACACUCUGGCAAGUGGCUGAAGAGUUUGACCCCAACGACCGCUAUGCAAGAGAUGUCUUUCCCAUGGAGCGACACGUCAACUCGAUAGGGGCUCAAAGAAACUCGUUCAGGUUUGGAAUCCCACCUCCCGAGGUCUUAGAGGUUUGCUCUCAUAAAUAUCGACAACUGUUCAACGAAGCAGUGAACCGUUUACAGAAGAUGGGAGGGGUCUUGACAUCGGUGGAUUGGACACCGUUUCAAAAGGCUGGUGACCUGCUGUAUGCUGGGACAUUCGUGUCUGAGCGUCUUGCCAGCUUACCGGAUGACUUCCUCGACAAGAACAGAGCACACCUGCAUCCAGUGAUUCUAGAGCUCUUUGAACAAGUGGUUUCACGACAGAGCUCUGCAGUGCAGUUGUUCCGUGAACUUCAAGCCCAGGCGUUGUACAAACGACAGGCGACAUCACAAUUUGCCUCUGCCAAUACACUGGGAAUAGAUGUCUUGGUGGUCCCCACGGCACCCGAGCACCCAACGAUCGAAGCCAUGCAGGCGGAUCCCAUCCGGCUCAACGCCAAGUUAGGCACCUUUACACAUUUUGGAAACGUUCUGGAUAUGUGUGCUGUGGCAGUACCAGCGGGGAUGUAUGCAAGCGAGACCGGGGAGAACGGGGAACAACUACCAUUCAGCAUCACACUUCUAGGCGCAAGAUGCACCGACGCCGAGGUUCUAACGAUCGCGGGUCAUUUCCAAGAAGCAAUGACGCAUGUUGGGUCGUAAAAGGGCUUGUUGGUUGUCAGGGCUUGUUGACUCAGUGGAGUCUAGGUGAUAUGAUGUUUGUAAUAUCGGUGUGCAUCGAGUUUCAACAAUGUGGCAUUUACAAUCCGA